UCGUCGUAGUAAAUAACGAUGUAUACAUUUGAUUUAUAUAUUCUAUGAAAUAUUUUAGAUCAGUUUUCGUUUUUCGUAUAAAACUAUAAGCAAUAGCUUACGUUUGUAAUUAUUCGUUAACUAACAUAUGUUUACGGUAAACUGAAUAUGGCAGGUUCCACAAGCACAGGUGCUUCGGUUCUAACGGACAUCCGGUCCAUGAUCGACCUGGCAAUCGGCACGCCGGAGAUUGGAGUAGUGGACUUCUGCAUGCUGCACAGCGUGCUGCACUGUCUGGCGCAGCAGCUGAACGCCCUGGACAAGCCUGUGGAGCUGCACGGCGGCGUGGCGCCGCAAGCCAUACGCCCGAUCAAGGACGUACACAGCGUCGCUGUCACCGAGUAUAUCGUCGAGACCGCCACCACUGCCGCUCAGCCUAUGAAACCCAAGACAGUAAAACCAUCUAUACCACCCUUGUCCGUGGCGGAUCACAGUGUGCCGCCGCAAGGAGGCCAAGCAGCGCCGCCCGCCGCCGCCGGACUGAAAUCCACAAUAAGCAAAGCUACUUCGGAUAGUCAAGAGCCUGUUCAGGUAGAACGCCCACCUGAACAGGCUGGAGGGCAGGAAGGAGUUGUGAAGGGGACAGAAAGCAAGCACAAGCAGUCACUGGCUAAGCAGGACACAGAGCCCCGGCGGCUGGCGUCCUCGGAGAAACUGUCUUUGGUGACAUUGAGCAAGUUCAACCUGCUGGAGAACGUUGUUCAAGACCUCAAGGAUCGCGUUUAUGGUAGUAUGCCAAAGAACGAGAAGAUAUUAGAGGAAGUCAGGUCUCAAACAAACUUGAAGGCAAUUACCGACAUGUGGACAAAUUUAAACGUGUCGUCCCGACUGGAAGCGGCCGAGACGGGGCUCACCAAGCUUAGCUCCCUUGUCGAAGACCUGAUAAAGGAAGGCAGCGCGAGACCGCCGGCAAUAAGUGCGGCGCCAGCGACCGCGGAAGCGACGGCGCCAGCGACCGCGCCAUUGACUGCGCCAGGGACGGCCGCAGGGACAGCGGCAGGGACGGCGCCAGGGACGGCACCAGGGACGGCGGCAGGGACAGCGGCAGGAACGGCGGCAGGGACGGCGCCAGGGAUGGCGGCAGGGACGGCGCCAGGGAUGGCGGCAGGGACGGCGCCAGGGACGGCGGCAGGGACGGCGCCAGGGACGGCGCCAGGGACGGCGCCAGGGACGGCGCCAGGGACGGCGGGAGGGACGGCGGCAGGGACGGCGGCAGGGAUGGCGGCAGGGACGGCGCCAGGGACGGCGCCAGGGACGGCGGCAGGGACACAGGCUACAUCGCCGGCAACGCCAAUUGAACAAUGGCAAGGUGGACAAAUUGGUGGGAUAUUGGGGCCUCCUUACCCAUGGGAUUUGCUGGCCGCUGAGGUGGCGGACGACAGGGAUAUGGUGCUGCAACAUUUGAAUCGCCUGCGCGCCGACCUCGACCUUCUGAACAAAACCUUCUAUGAUGCCAUGCAAAGUCUCCAGACCAAAUUAGAUCCAGAGAGUCAAAUAACACUGCCGCCACCGCCUCCGACUGUCCCUAUAGAAGAGCUGCUUCCCCCGCGUCGUACGCCGUCUGUAUUACCACCACCAGUAUCAGCAUAUCCACCACCAACCACCACGCAGGGGACUAUUCCAGCCCCCAGUACGCCGACGUCGCGUGGGUCCACGGGAGUGUCGGCCUUCACAGACCGUCUGGCGCUGCUCGAGCGUCGCAUCAAGGAAUGCUGCGAGAGCAUGGGCAAGGACAAGGGAACCACAGGGGAUCAGUUGAAUAAUUUCCAAGACCAACUUGAUCACCUAAUGCGUCAAGUUGGAGCUCUCCAUGAAGACAUCGCCGUACUCAAGCUGUCACCUAAUUUGGCAAAAGAUUUGGAAGGUCUCCUGACGCUGUACCAAACCGUGCAGGACAUGCAGGAGCAGCUGCAGCAGGUCAACGACCUGGCGCGCCAGCUGGCUGGCGAGAAGGACGACCGCCAUCAACAUAUUAAAGCACUUUUGGAGCAAAUUGAGAUCCUCAAAACAAUCAAAAUGGACCGAGAAGACAUGGUGGAAGCGAUGGCUGAGAAAGCGGACCUGCGCAUGUUGGCGCGGAAGGUUUCUCACGACCAGUUUGAGAUGGCUUGUGACGACCUCUCCAGAGGACUGGACCACGCCCUCGGGAAGCUCAACACCCAGGAAGCCCUGUGGCAGCAGGUGUUGGACGACGUGCAGCGCGAGAUAGAGAGCAAGCUGGACAAAAUGGAGCUAUCUCCACUAAAGGAAUUCUUCGAAAAAAAAUUGCGCUUGUUGCAAGACAAUCUGAAGCAAAUGGCGUCGCUACGUCGAAAUGUUGAAGCAGCGGGCACCAAGAAGCGAUUGUUAAGAGACGUGAACUGCAUAUCCUGCGACGCGGAUGCCGUGAUGUCACUAGAGAACACCACAGCGAUGGCAAGCAAACCUUUGCCUGCCCAUUUAUCUAUGAAGCCGUACCUCAGCUAUGAACUCGAUACCAUUCGCAAGACACAGGCGAGCAGCCUACCGCAGCGUAACCUGCACGACUGGGAGACCAUAGAAAAGCAAAAGGCUCCCAAGGCACCCGUAAAAGUUAGAUCGGAUACGGACAAGCACAUUUGCAACCGCUACUGCGGCGGGUCGCACACGACGACCACUCCGGCGCAGCGCGUGGCGCGCACCGGCCACUUCAUCAAGCAGUGGGGGCCUGACGUGGUGCCGCUCUCGAGCGGCCUGGCAGCCGGCGACGACGGCAGGCUAUACAAAGUUACCACCACGGAACACGCUAACGUUGGUCCAGGUGGAUCAGUGGACCCGAUUUGCACGAAAAAGCCGCGGUCGCCGGAGCCUUCCAAGACGCUGCCGAAGGCGCCAAUUAUUCUAAACAAGGAAUGCCGUUGCCUGGACUGGAGCAGUUAACCUCUUGUGAGUUACUUUAUGAAUUUAUGAGCAAAACUUUAGUAUGUAUCUAGUUAAAUUACAUGAUAAUGUAUUUCCAAAAUCAAUGUCAUAUAUAUAAACAGUAUUUUGUUACUGAGUAACUUACAUUUAAGUACCUACCUGCUAUACCUACCUAUUAUCUAUAAUUGACAACACGGUUACCUAACCCUUGAAUUGAAAAUAUUUAUUUAAAUAGUGACUUUUACGAGUAUUUCAAUAUCCUCUAACAAAAACAUAUGAAUAUUA